AUGGCCAGCAAAGCCCGCGCUUUUCAGCGGGCGUGCCGGCUCCAUGUUCGCAGGACGCAUGGUGGCAGCUUUGCAGCUCUCGCUCCAGGUUCCCUGGUCGGCAGCUUGGAAUCUUCACCGCUACCGCGCCUGUAUCUCGUGUCUGAACGCUCAAUAUGUCUGAGCCGACGCCCUCUUUGCUCCUCGUCCGCAUCCCGCGUCGUCGUCGAUCAUCCUCGUACACUCCCGGCAACGUCAGCGCCGCGACCGCGACCACGGCGGCAAACGCAGUCGCUCUCACACCAGCGUCAUGCGAGCACGAGCUCCGGUCGACGAGCCGUCACCGUCACCACGGACGAUGGCCGAUAUAAUUGGAACGAGCUGAGCACGGGCGAGAAAGCCGCGCGGGGGACGCAGCAGACAUUCAACUUUUUGCUCGUCACGCUGGGUCUUGUCGGCACUAUCACCAUCGCCUACUUUCUCUACACGGACCUGUUCUCCCCGUCGUCGUACACGAUCCAAUUCAACGCGGCGGUCUCGCGCAUCAAGGCCUCGCCCGAGUGUCGCGCCCUGCUCGGCCCGGCGUCCCAGAUAAAGGCCUACGGCGAACCGACCACGAACAAAUGGGCGCGCGCCCGCCCGCUCGCACACUCGACCGAGGUCGACCGGUUCGGCACCACCCGUUUCCGCAUGCACUUCAACGUCGAGGGCGUCGAGAGCGGCGUCCUGGGCGUCGUCACUGUGCACAUGACCAGGCCCAAGGACGCCGACAGGCUCGAGUACGAGCUGUUGAGCUUGGCCGUCAAGGGCCACGAGACCGUCUACCUCGAAAACAAAGACGCCGAGAGGGGCUUAAAGGGCAAGGCCGCAAAGAUGUUUGGUGUGCAGUGGCGGUAA